GGGAGAGCCAUUUCCCUCCUUCUCACACGUAAGCCAUCACACGUACUUCACCACACAUUCACAGGGGUCAUAUUGAAUCGAAGUUUGACUCCUCAGAGUCUCCCUUUGCAGAAAAUCAGCGAUGGCGACCAAUCCGAGCCGAGAAGUGCCCCAGCUGUCGGGCACACUCAACCCCCCGGCAGGCGACAGAAUCCACCCCCCUCUAGCCACCUCAGCGUCCACGGCCCCGCCGGGCUCACCGCAGGCGGCCCACACGCAGUCCAAUGAAGUGGCUCUCGACAUGGAGCAGGUCAGAGGGGAUUCCCAUGCGGCAGAGGAGCGCCACGAAGAGAAGGAGAAGCGUAGCAAGCACAGCAAGCACAGCAAGAGGGACAGCACCAACCCGGGGGGCAGCCGCCAGUCAGCGGAGAUCUUUCCGUCGCGUGCGUCUGAGGAUGGGGCGCGCCGCAGCACCGGUGGUGGUGUGAUGGAGCUGCCCGAUAUGCAGGCCCUGCAGAACCAAAUCAUGGAGCAGGAGGGAGAACUCAUCUGCCUCAAGGUCAAGGGAAACAGAGAGAGACACCGUAUUUGGUCCACAUUUGUCUGGCUUCUUCUCCGUGUGUGUCCCCUGUGUGUGUGCAGUGGAUGUUGCUGGUGUCUCUUUUGAUUCCUUUUGUGGGCUGCUGCGUGUGUCUGUUCAACCAGAGCGGCAGCCCCGACACGCCCCCCAAGGUCAAGAGGCUCGUCAUGCUCAACCUGGUCUUCUCCAUCCUCAACGCCAUAAUCCUAUUCGCACUCAAUGUCGUACUCGCUCUGCUGCUCAGAAAUUGACACACAUAUGGACGACUCACACAGGAAAUGAUGAGUGCCGCAUGCGUGUUCUUGUUCGGUCGUCUGCGAGAAAGACUGCGGCGAGCGGUAGGUAGGAAAGUAGGUAUUUGUAGGCAUUUAGAGGUGUAGUCAGUGCCCGCGUGCCGAUGGUGGGGGAUUGGUUUGGUUCGGUUUGGUUUGCAACAGUGAGCCGGUUGGGUGAGCAUAUGGCUCAUGGUGCGUGAAUGAAUGAAUGAAUGGAUUGAUGCGUACGGGAACAUUUAUAGAUAAAUUGAUUGAAUGCAU